UCUGCCACAUGUAUAGUGUAGGAUGUUUUUAUGACAGGUUUUUUAUAAAUUACUGGAAGAUACUUCUUAAUAGAUCUUUCAGGUUUCAUUCGCGUUGAAGCUUCUAUCGACAAUGUGAAAAACAGAAAACAAAAGUAUAGGUUGUCGAAAUCAAAAAAAUUUUAACGAUGGAGAAUGAGCCUGGACACUCUGGCAUUCGUCAGUGCGCUGUAUGUGGAAAAUAUUCUUCUCGAAGUGAUUUUAAAGAGAACUCGUGUCCCCGCUGUUGGAAAUGGUUUUUGUUUAAUUGUGAUGAAUAUUUUCACAAAGACAACAAGAACAUUUGUUCUAACAACUGUGAGAUGGUAGGAAUGCUGUUAUCUUGCAAUUCCUGCCGUUUAAAAAAAUUUUUGGAAACAACCAAGUAUAGAUGUGGACAAAGACAAUGUCUUUCAUGUGGAUGUAGAACAAUUAUUAAUGAUAAAAAUCCUCAAUGCAGCUGUUGCCGUGUACUAACAAAAAUAAAAUGCACCUGUAACAUUAGCACAAUACCAUGUUCUUGGUGUGUUAACAAAUCUUCAAGCAAGAACAACAACAAUGUAAAUGUGGAGUCUUUGGUUGUUAAUGGAAAGAAAUCACUUGAAUUACCAUCAUCCCAAGCUUUGUUGCCUAACUUCACAACAGGGCCUAGCAUGUUUGGAUACAGGUCCAAGUUACCAGUCAUUGAAUGGACCGAACACUGUGAUACAGCACCACAGACAACAAUACAUAUUGAUUUGAGUCUCCUCCCUGAAAACCUGCAAGCAAAGGCCAAGUUACAGGUGCUUGGAAACUGCUAUGUGAGGAUUCGGGAUUUAUCGUCAAUCGUGCAGAAGAGCAAAAAAGAACAAGAGAAACGGAAAGGGAAAAAACGCUCGAGAAGUGGCAGCCUUACAAGAAACGAGGAAAUCUUUGCAAAUGCAAGGAUUUCAAGUCAAGGAAAUCAUGGGAAAUUACACAAACAAAAAGCAAGUAAAGAUCGUGAUUCUCCAGAUUACAGCGUAAGAAAUGUUAGUGACACACGAUUAAUUCUUCGUCUUGGAAUGGAACGCCAUGAUGCAGAUGCUGAAUCUCAUGUUGAAGCUUCUCAUUACAUCGAAUCUUGCUCAACUAACAGGGAAAAGUCUGCGUUUCCAAGAAAGAACCAUCAAGUAAAAACCAAGUUUCCAGUAGAUCGAAAUAAUUUUGCAGCUGGUCAAGGAUCAAAAUCUGAUGCCAAGAUCAAUGGCGAUUCGUCUGAGCGAACGGUUGUCGACAAAGCCUCACAGACUGAACCAUUACCUGAGAUCGAGUGCCUUCAACGUCGAAUUACCGAGCUUGAAUUGAUCAUCGCAGCAUCCCGUUCAUGUCUUACGCCUUCGCCGCUUGGUGCACUUGCGCCAGAAAAAAGUUCCAUUGAUCCAACAAUGACAUUGUCAACCCCACCGAAUUCCGAUUCCGGUUCAAACACAAGGAAUGAAACCCCUGUAAAGUCACCGUGUGUUUUGGUUAAUCGCCUGACAAACGAUGUUUUAAAACAUUACGGCAUCAAUCGAAAUUCAUCGGUAUCGCCUACGGAAGAGCCACGACCAAAGAAACGACCUCGUCUAAAUUCAGUUGAUGCUGAGCAUCGUUCCUUCAGGAAGUCAGAUAAAAAAAAUGGUGGAACUAAAAAAGUGUUUGAGUUGUUUGGUAAUGACAGCGAAGAAGAUAUUCCUGCAUCGAAAGAUGAUGUAGGAACAAAUAAGUCACAGCCAUUUGAUUUCGACGGACUUGAUUACGAUGACGAAGAUAAGGAAUCACCACCAAGCAAAAAUUGCAAUGAUGAAAGCCAACAAAUGAAUAAACGUGAAAAGACCAGCGAAAUGGAUCGUCAUGAUAAGUCUUCAAAAGGCGAAAAAAAAGAGAAAAACUCCGAAAAGGAUAAACGCAAGGAGAAGGAGCGGAAGAAAAAAGAAAACCAAAAAUCAAAAACUAGUGGCAUUCCUAAACCUUCGAAAGCGUUAAAGGAAAAAGGGCAAAAGGAAACAACCAAAUCUCAAAAAAAUCAAACGGCUAUAGUGAACUCGAACAAGUUCCGAAUCCCCAAAUUAACAGCUCCAGCAACCGUCGGUUUGCCAUCUUUAUUGCAAAAGAAUCUUGAUCUAGCAUUAAAAACUCCCACAUCAUCGUUAUUGGAAGAAGGGAUGUCGUCUCUUACGCCAGAACCAGAACCCGUCAAGAACUCAGUUGUGAAAUCGAACGAGCUUCCUCAGGUUACAUCUAACAUAGAAAAUACCAUUGAACCCCUCGUAUCAACUUCCUCCUUUGAACUGACUGGCAAAGUAGCUCCUCCAAUUCUCUGUAUUGUGCCGAAAAAUCGGAAUAACAAAUCCGUAAAUUUUUCCGAGCAGCUUGCGACAAUUCGAAGUAUAAGCCCGCGUACUCAGUUACACGAUCAUGAGCAAGUUCCUGAUGAUUCGUCCCGUGAAAACUACAUUCCCACUAUACUUCAAGAUCUUCAUUACGUUCCGAAAUCGUCCCCGAGGGAGCCCGUCAAAGGAAUUAGGCCAUUCCAUCCACCUGUACGCAAGAUCGACGACGAAAAGCAUAAAUCGCUUCCUCAAGAGCGAGGAGGAAGGCGGUUUAUCUACUCAAGUUCAAGUUCGAGCAAUUCAUCUGAUACCGAGUCGUCAGAAGACGAAUCAAAAGAGGAAAAUGAAUCUAUUUUCUACUAUGAGAAAUCAACGAGCCAAACUUCCGCGUUAACUGCUACAAUAUGCCCCAUGGAGAACCAACCAAUAAGCAACGGCACUUCUGCUAUCCAACAAAAUGGGAGUGUCCUUGGUAUGAGUUACAUUGGACAGGAAACUAUUGAACGAGCAUGUUUGUCGACCACUGGAUCUAUUGCAUCAGAUACUCUGAGUACCAAAGCUCAACGCGCACUAAGAACAAAUGGUCUGAUUGAAACAGAGGAUACAACGAGAAAUAUUAGCCGUGCAUCAGAAUCUGAAGAGAAUGCACAAAUCAAGAGUCCGGAAAGGUCACAUCUUUCAUCUUUGGAGGAUUCUCCGUCUCCACGGCGCCCCACUCCGGAACCAGUCCCGCAUGUUUCAACUCCUCCCAAAAGAGUGGAUGCACAAGAUUCAGAAGAAGAUGACUCCGAAGAUGGGGAUGUACUGGACCUUGGACUUGACGAUGAAGAAAUUUUUGAUUACGGCUACAAUGAAGAUGAGCAGUUACACGAACCGCCACCUUUAAAACUCCCUGCCAAUAAAAUUAUCAAUAAGUCGACCGGGAUACUAUGUAAAAAAGAUGUUCAACCAACAUCGCCGAACACUGCGACAACAUCGAACAGAACGAACGUACCUGCAGUUGAAGUAAAACCUUCAGCAAUUCUCACAAGCACUCCACCUACAACGUCGCACCCCCUACCUCCUCGAGCAUUUUUAGAUGAGCAACCGAACAGCCGCGGAUUAUGUUACUCAUUUAUUCGCACAGGGAAGUGUGCAGUAAGCGAUCAUGCAAAAAAAAAAUGUGAUUACAACCAUUGUUUAGAUUCCAUUUUGGAUCAUAUCCAAUAUUUGUGCAACAAAAAAGGAAAUUUUAUUCAAACGGCUUCCAGAUUGGUUUUUGCAAUGACAAAUGUUGAAUCACCUCUAAACAAAUGUCUAUUCGAACCUGUCGGAUCGCAAAUUGUCAACACCGUUAUUCACGCCUUCUUGAAGGAAAAUCGCCCAGAACAACUACCUUUUGCUUUGGAAAUGCUGAACGACCCCAAACUGCCAUUAGUUACAGAAUUCAUAGACCAAAUCAUCAAACAAAUACAGAUUUCUCCGCUGCCCAUUGCGAAAAAACUAUUAACUCUGUACGACCGCUGUGAGUUCAACAACGUAAAGAUUUCGCUCCAUUCCUUCAAUAAAAUCAUUGCGAUGCUGGUGUAUUACAAAAUGAGAGGAUGGGAUUUUCUAUGCAGAGUGGUUGAAUUUGCAAUGAUGCAUUACCCGCAAUCUUACCAUCCUACGAAUGAAGUGUUGGACUUCUUAUUUUCUGCGGCACUCGACCAGGCAAAACUUGAACGAGUGUGUCAUUUAUUUAGGGAUAUUGGGUCACAGGCCCUUGUAACAUUAGGACCACAACGACGUGACGAAGUGCUCAAUAGGCUCAGAGAUUUUGGCUUAGUGGACUGGUACGAUAGAUACAGUGGGAUUGUACGCCGUCCGAUAGGCAAUGAAAUGCAUUCACAGUUUGUUGCGCCACAAUAUGCGCCUAACGGAUUGAUCAACCAGUCUUCCCACGAUCCUACGCUACCACUGCACAGGGCUCAGCCUUCGAUGCCUCAAACGACUCCGUUUCAGCCUCCAUCCAGGCCACUUUUACAUACUGAUCGGCCACAGAUACCGAAUUUGCCACCAACAGGGCAUCAUCGACCUUCAAGUCUUGCCGUGCAACCGGCGGUCGUACAUCGAGCUCCGCCUCCUAGCAUACCACCUGUAGGGUUGUAUCAGCAACAGCCUCGGCCAAUUCGGGUAGGCCACCCUGUUGUCAACGCACCUCAUCCAUCAGCACCUGCUGCGUAUGCUGUACGAAAUCACCCGGAAACUUUACACAGGCCAACAUCUAACUGGACUGCUGCAACGCCAUCGGGAUCACACGUGCCUUCCAUCCCCCUAUCACCGACUCGUGCCGUUCCAUUGCCUGAAACAAAGCAAGCUCCACCGUUCAUUCCAUUAGAAGUGCCGAAACCAUCCCAGUCGCUUGCUCUUAAUCUGUUCGAACCGGAGUCGCCCGAAGUAGAGCCUGUUUUCACCGAAGAUAGUGAGCCAGAAGAAGGGCCCAAUGUCGUUGUUGAGCCUUCUUAUGGAACAGAAGAUGAACUGUUGGCAGAGUUCAAGAAAAGCAAUUUCGAUGCCGUCACUAGAUUGUUUCUGCAGUACUAUUCUGGAAGAAAGAGCUGCCAGAUGCUCACAAAUCUCGUGCGUAUAAUGAAAACAAAUCCUUUAUAUUCGCCCGAAGAAAACCAAAAAUUAUCCCCGGGGGAUAUUUUCAUCCACAUUAUAAGGCGUGCGUGCGAAAAUGCUUAUUUUGGGUAUUCAGGUGGUGCUACAACACUCGAACAUCGACACCAACAAGCAUUAUCGGAUCUCAGUUAUUUCGUUCUCGUUCACUCUAUGGAAAUCUUCAAUACCAGUGACGAAGAUGAAAAAAUAACUCAACGUGAAAAUGUAAAACAAUUUGUAAAGAUGGUGCGCCUCUUUGAACUAUCUUGUGAAGAUUCCAUAAACGAUCCGGAACUACUCCUUUUUCUCGCUGAGUGCUUUGUGCAAGUGGAUUAUACAAAAGAAGAAGAAGAAGAUUUCUUUGAAGUUACCGCAGAUGAUAUUUGGCGCUCCAUAAAUUUUGCAAUAGAUUUUCACAAAGUUGUUGCAAAAAUGCCCGUCAACGGGUUCAGCCCUAAUUUGGUCGCCAAAGAUCUAGCGCUUUCGACGGCUAUAUUGCAAGUAAUCCACAGCCUAAGAGAAAUCGAUGAAUUUGAACCCUUUGUGAACGGGAUAUUAGGGGCCAUGAGUGAUUACCAAGAUGCAUCUCUGAAAAAUAAAUCUCGUUUUAAGGCAAUACUUCCAUGUGCAUAGCCAAUGCAUCAAGUGCGAGCCAUGGCUAUCCUUAAUACCAAUUAAUAAAUACUCGGAUAAGUUCCAUUUGGUACUCUCUAUCUUUCCGUUAAUUUUUCAACUUUCGUGUUUGAAGUAAUCUGCCAAACGUGGCUGGGAGCGUUCGCAACAAAUCUACUUCUUUCACAUGUCUUUAUCACGAUGCCACUACUUGUCACCAUUCUCACGUGUCAUAAGUCAAAAGCGUAUUUCGCCGGAUCUGAUUUCUUAUAAAUGACGUUCAUUUUGUCAAGCCAAGAUAUAGUUCGUUUGUAAACACAGAAUUAUGCAAUACAUUUUUUCUUGUUUUCAAUAAC